UUUCAUCCUAAUGAAAGACAAUUUUUCCGAAUUGGUGCUUUUCACUGUAAAAAGUACUUUUUAACCUUAUUUUGGUAACUGGCAAAAGUUUAGAAUUUAAUGCAGUGAUGCACCAAAAAGUUGCAGCCGUUAUUAUCAAAAUCCAUCCACCACUUGCGCGUCCCUGUCUUGAUACUCUGUCUCUGCCAUUUCCAGCUCUGAGAGGGAAAGAGACUGUUGAAAUGGGAUCUUCAUCGGAGGAUGAGGGUGAGGAGUAUUUGUUCAAGAUAGUGAUAAUCGGAGAUUCAGCUGUUGGCAAGUCAAAUUUGCUAUCUCGCUAUGCCAGAAACGAGUUCAACUUGCAUUCAAAGGCCACAAUUGGAGUUGAGUUCCAAACACAAACACUCGAAAUUGAUGGCAAAGAAGUUAAGGCUCAGAUUUGGGACACCGCCGGCCAAGAGCGAUUCAGGGCCGUCACUUCUGCUUACUACCGCGGUGCCUUUGGUGCUCUUAUUGUUUACGAUAUUAGUCGAAGCUCUACAUUUGAGAGUAUCCCUCGAUGGCUUGAUGAACUCAAGACUCAUUCUGAUUCCACCGUUGCAAGGAUGCUUGUGGGGAAUAAAUGUGAUUUGGAGAAUAUAAGGGCUGUCAGAGUUGAAGAAGGCAAAAGCCUCGCAGAAACAGAAGGGUUGUUUUUUAUGGAGACUUCUGCAUUGGAUUCAACAAAUGUUCAGAAGGCUUUUGAAGUUGUUAUUCGUGAGAUUUACAAUAAUGUCAGCAGGAAGGUCUUGAAUUCCGAUUCCUACAAAGCAGAAUUAUCGGAGAACAGGGUUUCCCUCGUCAAAGAUGGCAGCGAUGGAUCUAAGCAGAAUCAAGGAUCGUACUCUUGUUGUUCCAGGUGAAAGGGUCCUAUUUCAUUUUCAAAUGUGUAAUAGCCAGUGAAUUUCUUAUCGUUACUUUAUAUAUGUUAUAGAAGGAUUCUAUGGUGAUGCUGAAAAUGACAUUUCAUUUUUUGAUAUUUAUAUUAGAGAGUAAUUCUUGUCUUGCAAAAGAACAUUUGAAAUUAAAUGUAAUCUAAGAAUGGUGAAAAUUGUUCAGUGUA